AUGGAGCUGGCAUUUCCCACCUUCUCAGUCCUUCUAACCUUUCUUCUCUAUCUCUUCAUGCUGCUGAAAAAGGGAAAGAAAUCAAAAACCGUUGAAAAAACUUUGAAUUUGCUUCCAGCCCCAUUGAAAUUACCUUCCAUAGGAAACUUGCACCAGGCGGGAGGCUCCCUACCCCAUCACAGAUUAAGAGACUUGGCCAGGAAAUAUGGGCCAUUUAUGCACCUACGGCUCGGGGAAGUUUCCGGUGUGGUAGUUUCAUCUCCCAGGUAUGCCAGAGAAGUUAUGAAAACCCAUGAUAUAAACUUUGCAUCAAUGCCUCAGAUGGUGGCCACACAUAUCCUGUCUUAUGAUUCUGCUGAUAUAAUCUUUGCACCGUAUGGUGAUUCCUGGAGACAAUUACGAAAAAUCUGCAUGUUGGAGCUUUUUAGCACGAUAAGGGUCAAGUCUUUCCGAUCAAUUAGAGAGGAAGAGGUGUCCGCUCUCAUUCAUUGGCUUGCUUCAAAUACGGGAUCACCAAUCAAUCUUACAGAGAAAAAUUUCACACUGAUUUAUGGAAUCAAUUCCAGGGCAGCCUUUGGCGGCAAAUCUAAAGAUCAAGAACUAUUCAUAUCACUUAUGAAAGACAUUGUAGAAGUGACGGCAGGUUUUAAUAUUGCAGAUCUGUUUCCUUCCAUUGGAUUUCUCCAAUGGAUCACUGGAUUCAAGUCCCGUGUAGAGAAGCUGCAUCAAGAAGCCGACAGAAUAGUCGAACAAAUCAUAAAUGACCACAAGAUGAGGAAUGCAACAUUGAAUGAGGAGGCUGAAGAUGAUCUGGUUGACGUUCUUCUGAAGGUUCAACAGCAUGGUGAUCUUGAAUUUCCGUGA